GAAAGACUCUGUGUGUGUCUCACCUCCGCAAAACGCCCAUCGCGCUGAGCAGGCUCGCUGUAACACUGAACACAUCCUCACUCGGAUAAAGUGUGUCGCACUGAAGGUUGUCUGCAGAACUGGGUUCUCAAGGGAACUCGAUGAGGGCAUGUGUUUCCAGCAAUAGCACCACCACUGGGAAAAAAAACUAUUGGGCAUCUUUAAAGAUGAUCAGCAUCGAGGGUAAAUGGAAGGGAAUGGCGCGUCCAUCUUUGCCCUCCUCGAUGGACUCCACUUUACCAGGAAUAUCUCGGCAGGUCUUGUCCGUGUCCAUGGAACCUAAAUAUCAGUGCCAGAAGUGCAAAGAGGUUCUGAGGAAGCCUUUCCAGGCACAGUGUGGACAUCGCUUCUGCGUGUACUGUUUUAAACAACUCACCAGCUCUGGCCCCAUCCCAUGUGAAGCCUGCCGUGAUGAGGGAAUAUUCGAAGAAGAGCACUCGAUACUCAACUUUGCUGUGGCUUUUCCAGACAAUGCGGCGCGAAGAGAAAUCGAUGGUUUGCCUGCAAAAUGCCCGAACGAGGGCUGUACCUGGUCAGGAACUUUGAAAGAUUAUGAGGGGCAACACGAAGGCCGAUGUGAAUUUGAGCGUGUAAAGUGUGAUGCGUGCCAAGUCUACAUCCUUAUUAGCGAGAAAGACCGCCACAAUGAGAGAGAGUGUGAAGCAAGAACUCUUAACUGCAAAUACUGCAAAGUCUCCUUCAGCUUCAAAGAUAUUAAGGCGCAUGAUGAGAUUUGCCAAAAAUUUCCAAUGCAGUGCAAAGACUGUGGCAAAAAGAAGAUUCCCAGAGAAAAGUUUCAAGAGCAUAGCAAAUCAUGUGCGAAAUCCAAGUCGGCCUGCCAGUUUAGUGAAAUCGGCUGCAGAGCCGUGGUGGACAACGGAAAACAGCAGGAGCACGAACAGAGCAACGUGAUGGAGCACUUGCGUCUCAUGCUGGGCGUGCUCUCGUCGGUGCGCAUUCGCUCUGACGCAGCCGGAGAGUGGCAGGAGGACUCGGGUCUCGGCCUGUACCGCAGCCCCGAAGAUGCCGCGCUUCCAGGCAGCCAGGCCGCCGCGGGAGGCCCCGGCAUGCAGCAGAAGAUGACCGCGCUGGAGAACAUCGUGUGUGUGCUGAACAGAGAGGUGGAGCGCACAGCUCUCACCCUCGAAGCUCUCAGCCGCCAGCACCGGCUCGACCAGGAGAAGAUCGAAAACUUAUCUAACAAGGUGCGUCAGUUGGAGCGAACGUUAAACAUGCGAGAUCUACAGCUGGUCGAAUCAGAGCAGAACUUACGAGAGCUGCAGUUUUGCACUUAUGACGGAGUGUUCAUUUGGAAAAUUUCGGAUUUCUCACGCCGCAGACAAGAUGCGCUGGCUGGUCGAGCGCCCGCCAUGUUCUCACCAGCGUUCUACUCCAGUAAGUACGGCUAUAAGAUGUGUUUGAGGCUGUACUUGAACGGCGAUGGUUCGGGCAGAGGCACUCACCUCUCCCUGUUCUUCGUGGUGAUGAGAGGGAAAUACGACGCUCUGCUCAAGUGGCCCUUCAGCCAGAAGGUAACUCUGAUGCUUUUGGACCAGAAUAACCGGGAGCACAUCAUCGAUGCUUUCAGACCUGACAUCAGCUCCACGUCUUUCCAAAGACCCAUCAGUGAGAUGAACAUCGCCAGCGGCUGCCCGCUCUUCUGCCCCCUGGCCAAGCUGGCAGGGAAGAGCUCCUAUGUCAGAGAUGACACAAUUUUUAUUAAAGCGAUUGUAGAUCUCACUGGGCUUUAAAGUAAAAAAAUCUAUGGGUAUAAAAUUUAGAACCCAUCAGAAGUUCAUUUUGAGCUCUGGAAGUCCAGGAUACAACCCUGAUUAUAGUCCAUCUAUAAUAAUCAAGUACUGCUUUAAGGCUCUUUCUUCCAACUUAUGUUAUAUAUCUAGGUUCUCUAGUCUAUCUAAAGCACAACACAGAUCUGAUAAUUAUAUAUCAGAAAAUUAUAUCAGAUCAGUCUGUGAAAGGCUGAUUUGAUGUAAUUGGUCAUAUUUAUAUAAUUUUUUUAUAUAUACACACUAUAUUAAGCAUACGUGCUGGUAUAUAGUUUAAAAUAAGUUAAUACAGCUAGCUAUAUUGCUACUAAUAUAAGUAUACAACUAUGUAUAUGAUAUCUAAUUAUGUAUAAUAAUAUAUUAUCAAGUGUAGUGCAAGACAACAAAAAAAAAAAUUGCACUGUAGAAAAAUGACCAUGUAACUACAGGGUGUCUGUUAAGUCAGGAACCAAUGAGAGUAAAACUACAUGUAAUUCAGUUUUGUUUUUUUUCCCAGUAGUUGUUAUUUACAACAUAUGCUUUACAUUUUCAGUCACUAUACCAUGUUUUUACAGGUUUCGCUCAACAUAUUCUCAUUGGUUCCUCACUUUUCAGACACCCUCUAUACAUAUACAAAUAAAAAAAAAAAAGAAAGAAAAAAAAAAAAAAGACAAGAAAGAAAAGGCAGAGUAGAACUAGAAUGUAAAUCUAAAUAUGAUCGUUUUUCAGCAUGUAGUAUGAAAGAGAAAUGAUAUGAUGCUUUUUACCAAAUCUAGCGUGUUGGAAAUCCAGUAUGCCGUGUUUUCUCACCUUAUUUUGUGCUUUUGUUAUGUUCAAAAGUGCUUUCGUUUAAUACAAGCUUGGGCGUUGCAUGUCUGCACAAUUAUUUGAGCUGCAGAAAUGUAAUAGUCUCCCAAACCUGUAGAAAACGAACCUGCAUGUUUACUAACAUCUGGCUGUAUUUUUUCAUAAUUAAAGUGCAUGCGGUGUGGGAAUUUACGCUGAUUAAGCAGGGGGAACUUAAACUCAUCAGACUGAGAAGUAAAGGUGACACACAAUGUAGCCUAAUUUAACGCAACUUUUAGGUAAUGUUUAUAGAAUAAAAUAUAAAUGCUAUAAGCAAGACAAGUUUAUACAGUACUGUGCAAAAGUCUUAAGCUCCCUAUUUUUUUUAGUACAAACUUUGUUAUAGAUUUUUAUUUUAUGACUUCUACAAAAACUUUUUAGAUUUCCAAACAUUAGUUUUCCAGCACAAAAUUAACUUUUACAGAAAAAUGUUUGUACGUCAGUAAAGAAAGCAGUAUAUUACAUAAGAGACACUUUUCAGAACACAAUGAAGGCUGCUGGGUUUUGCUGUAAAAAUAAGAAGCGAGUCGACAGUCCAAGCCUCCAGAAGAACUGUGGCUGCUUCUGCAAGUUGCUCAGUAAAACUUACACUGCACCGGAGACUACUAUUUUUUAUUUUUUUUAAAGCGAAGGAUCGUCACACCAAAUAUUGACUUUGUUUCAUUUAUUACUGUUUACUGCUCUGUAUAGUAUUUUUUUUAAAUGUAGAAACAUUUGAAGGCAUCUUUGUUCUACAGCAUUUCUUUGCAUGUGCCUAAGACUUUUGAACAGUACUGUAUAUUUGUCUUUAUUUUACACAGUCUUACUUCUCACUUAUUACUUUACUUGUAACUAAAAAAAAAUGUAUUUUAUUUUUUUAUUUUUCAAUGUCCAUUAUCUCUGAUACGUAGUAUUCUGCAGCUGUAGUGAACUUGAGAACGCUUGGUAACUUUUAAGGGCACAAUAAAUGAUAUGUAAAUUAUUGCACAAAACGGGUCAAACAUUGGAAUAUACAUAUACGAUAUAUGAUUAUACAGCACACUGUAGCUCACAAGAUACUUAUCGGGCAUGUAGUGCUGGCUGUAAUGUGUUGCUCAGCAUCAAAAGAAAACGCCAUUGCAGAAAGAAACAACUUAAACUUGUAUAGAAUGUUUAAUAAUUCUUUAGUUAUUGCUAUUAAUAUGAAAAGAAUGUAUUUCUGAGUUAAGAGGAAAAUAAGUAACGAGACAUUAUUGGUGCAUAUUAUGGCCUGUAGCAUUAAAUGUAACACAUCAGGAAAUGGGGCAGUGGUGACUCAAUGGAGCAGAGGGGGUUAAGGAUUACUGACCAGAAGAUUGGGAUUCAAGCCCCAGCACCGCCAGCCUGCCACUGCCGGGCCCUUGAGCAAGGCUCUUAACCCUCUCUGCUCCGGGGGCACUGUAUCAUGGCUUACCCUGCGUUCUGACCCCAGCGUCUUCACGAGGCAAGAAAACAAUUUCACUGUGCUGUAAUGUUUGUGACAAAUAGAGACUGUUCUAAAAAUAAGAAAGAUUGUUGUCUUAUCUCCGUAAUGCCCAUUCUUUCGUUGCUUCCUGUCAAACAACACUCACUGGAUCUCAGUGAUGUCCUGCUAACACUGCCACUUGAUGGAUUGUGAAGUAAUUUUCUGGUUUUCUUCUUAAUAAAGAUGCAACCAUGCAAAAAAA